UUAUCUAUCAUGAAAUGCAUAUACAUAAACGUCAAAAUGAUACAACAUUGAUGGUGUCAGAUUCAGUUCUCAAGCUUCUUGUACAUAAUUACAUCCUCAGUUUCUCACCAUUACCAGAUUUUGGUGGUCUAGAAUAUCCAAUUUAUCCAUGACAAAAUAUAUGAAGUAUGAACAUUCCACUCGUGUAUAUUUUUAUUACAUUGCAUGCUGACUUAUUUUUAAAGAAGCUGACAUUAUUCGAAGAUUGAAAUUAUACUUUUCACCCUUCUUCUCCCCCAAUGGUCCUUCGAUUUUAAAAUCUCACUACCUCCCACUUCACCGACAGCUUUAUUUCAAAUCUUCAAAACACAUCUCUCUCUAUCUCUAUAGGCUUCUUGAUUUUUGAGAGUGUCUUAAAAUGAAGCUGUCUGUUGUCAUUGUGGGUCUUCUUCUGGUUUUAUGUCGUUGUUCCUAUUAACUAACUCACAAUCAUCCAACGAAGCUCUUUAUCUUUUUCAUAUUUUAUUUCCAUAUUUUCCCUAAGUCACCUCCUGAAUUUCAAAUUCAAAGCUUUUCAUAGCCCUUUGAGCUUCCUGCAGCUUUUUAGUUAAGUCCCCUGCAGAAAACUAAAAAUGCCAAGACCAAGAGUUUCAGAGUUGUCUCAUGGGCAAGCUUCGAGGCUGAGGACAUCAUCAUCUACAUCUCACUCGAAUCAUCCCAACCGUCUGCUCACUACUGACCGGAGUUCUAAUAAGCUUGGUGCUGACCGUAAAUCUCCUAGAAGCGGCGGUGGACCUCCGCUUGGUCAGAAGAAACUUGGAGGCCGAAUAUCGGAUCUAGAGUCGCAGCUAGGACAAGCACAAGAGGAGCUGAGACUGCUCAAAGACCAGUUGGCUAAUGCUGAAGCUGUCAAGAAACAAGCUCAAGAAGAGCUUCAUGAAGAUACUAAAUCAACCAAACCAAACCCUCUGGAUGGAGCGGAGGGUUCUGCAUCUGAAGCAGAAGCAAUAGAUAGAGACGAGAUCCCUGGUGAUGUGGAGAAAGAGACUGAUGUGUUUGAGGUUCCUGUUGAGAAGAUUGCUAUAGUAGAAGAAGAAGAAGAUGAGAAACUUGUAGAUGAGGUCAAGAUGUUGAAAGCUAGACUGUAUGAUAUGGAGAAAGAACAUGAGUCACUAGGCAAAGAAAACGAGAGCUUAAAGAAUCAGUUAACUGAUUCAGCUUCUGAGAUGUCUAACGUGAGAGCUAAAGAAGAUGAGAUGGCUUCAAAGGUGAGUCAGAUUGGAGAAGAGUUGGAAGAAAGCAGGGCAGACACAGCUCAGCUAAAGGAGAAGCUUGAGUCCAUGGAAGAGGCAAAAGAAGCUUUAGAGUCUGAGAUGAAAAAACUCAGGGUUCAAACCGAGCAGUGGAGGAAGGCGGCAGAUGCUGCAGCUGCGGUUCUCUCUGGAGAGACUGAGAUGAACGGUCGGGAUCCAUCUGGUGGGUUGUUUGACCCGAGUGCGGUGGUUGGGUUCAUGGAUGAUACUGAUGAUGGUUUUGGAAGUGGGAAGAGGAAGAGUUCAGGGAAGAAGAUGUUUGGUGACUUGUGGAAGAAGAAAGGGCACAAGUGAGAUAUGCAUGACUAUGUUUUUUCUUACCAUUUGUAUUGUAUUAAUCUCGAGACUUUUGUAAGUUGGUGAGCUUCAUCAGAUGCUAACUCACCAAUCCAAAUCAUUUGCAUUCUCUUUAGCACUUUUCACAAGAAAAAAUGGUAACUAUUA